AUGCAGUUCACAUACGCAGCUAUCUCCGCUCUCCUCGCCUCAGUGGCUUAUUCUCAAUCUGUUGCCAGCGAGAUGGCAAAGCUUCCAUCUUGUGCUCUUAUAUGCCUGUCGACUGCCAUCAGUAGUGCUGGAUGCAGUUUUGCCGAUCAUGCAUGCCAAUGCGGUCCUGCCAAAGAUGACAUCACCAAAUCAGCAACUCCAUGUAUUGCAUCUUCUUGCUCUGCCACCGAUAGCAUGACUGCGUCAAAUGUUGCCGCUCAAGUUUGUGCUCUUGAAGCGUCGGGCUCUACAUCUGCCUCUGCAUCUGGUAGCUCCAUCGCCGCCUCGUCGACUACCUCAGCGGCUGCCGCUGCUACUGAAACCGGUGCAGGAAAUCGUGUUGCUGCUGCCGGAGUGAUGGUUGGUGCUGGUUUAUUGGCUGCUUUCGCUUUGUAA